GCCGCUUCCGGUCCGCGUUAGUGUGGUUCUCGCGCCUGCUGCGGGUUAAGGAGUGGUGUUGGCGCGUAGUGCGGUAAUUUUCUACGCGGGCCCGCCUCCCUCCUUCUGGACCAUGGCUACCGACUCCUGGGCCCUGGCAGUGGACGAGCAGGAAGCGGCUGUCAAGUCGAUCAGUAAUUUGCAGAUCAAGGAAGAGAAAGUCAAACCAGAUGCCAAUGGUGUGAUAAAAACCAAUGUCACUGCAGAAAAAGCAGAUGAGGAAGACAAAGAGGACAGAGCUGCCCAGUCCUUACUCAACAAGCUGAUCAGAAACAACCUGGUCGACAACAGAAACCAAGUGGAAGUCCUGCAGCGGGACCCAAAGUCCCCCCUCUACUCGGUGAAGUCCUUUGAGGAGCUUCGGCUGAAACCGCAGCUGCUUCAGGGAGUCUACGCCAUGGGCUUCAACCGACCCUCUAAAAUACAAGAGAAUGCACUGCCUUUGAUGCUUGCUGAGCCCCCGCAGAACCUGAUUGCCCAGUCUCAGUCUGGUACUGGUAAAACGGCCGCCUUUGUCCUGGCCAUGCUCAGCCGAGUGGACCCAGCAGAGAGAUACCCCCAGUGCCUGUGCCUCUCCCCGACAUACGAGUUGGCGCUUCAAACAGGAAAAGUGAUUGAGCAGAUGGGCAAAUUUCACCCGGAACUAAAGCUCGCUUAUGCUGUUCGAGGCAAUAAGUUGGAAAGAGGUCAGAAGAUCAGUGAGCACAUUGUCAUUGGCACCCCUGGAACUGUUCUGGACUGGUGCGCCAAGCUCAAGUUCAUUGACCCCAAGAAGAUCAAGGUGUUUGUUCUGGAUGAGGCUGAUGUGAUGAUAGCUACUCAGGGCCAUCAAGAUCAGAGCAUCCGCAUCCAAAGGAUGCUGCCCAGGAACUGCCAGAUGCUGCUUUUCUCUGCCACCUUCGAAGACUCUGUGUGGAACUUUGCCCAGAAAGUGGUCCCAGACCCCAACAUUAUCAAACUGAAGCGUGAGGAGGAGACACUGGACACCAUCAAGCAGUACUACGUCCUGUGCAAUAACAGAGAUGAGAAGUUCCAGGCCUUGUGUAACCUCUACGGGGCCAUCACCAUUGCUCAAGCCAUGAUCUUCUGCCAUACCCGCAAAACAGCCAGUUGGCUGGCAGCAGAGCUCUCAAAAGAAGGCCACCAGGUGGCUCUGCUGAGCGGUGAAAUGAUGGUGGAGCAGAGGGCUGCCGUGAUCGAGCGCUUCCGAGAGGGCAAAGAGAAGGUGCUGGUGACCACCAACGUGUGUGCCCGCGGCAUCGACGUUGAGCAGGUGUCUGUUGUCAUCAACUUCGACCUUCCAGUGGACAAGGAUGGGAACCCGGACAACGAGACCUACCUGCACCGCAUCGGGCGCACUGGCCGCUUUGGCAAGAGGGGCCUGGCUGUGAACAUGGUGGACAGCAAGCACAGCAUGAACAUCCUCAACAGAAUCCAGGAGCAUUUCAAUAAGAAAAUAGAAAGGUUGGACACGGACGAUUUGGACGAGAUUGAGAAAAUAGCCAACUGAGAAGCUCCACCGGUCCCUGCACAGGAAACUAGUUCUUUCACCGCACAGGCCUGGGCAGUCAGCGAAAGAUAAAGGCAUGCGCAGAAAGAAACUACCUACCUCACUUUAAAUUACGUUUGGACUAGACAAAAAUUAUGCAAAUGAUUGGGGAAGGUAGAAGGAAAAUUUUGCAUUUUGGAAUAUUUAGUCCUAUUUCCCCCAUUUUUUAAAGCCAUGGUUUCCGUGAUCUUUAUAUCUGGUUGCUAUUGGUAAUCCCUGGUCCCAGAUCCCCUUCCUUUUUUCGGGAUAGGGGUGUUAGGACCGGCCUCCAGCCCCUGAAGAAAGUAUCGAGUGUGGGAAAGGCCCAGUGCAGGGAUGGAGCAUGGAUGGGACAUGAGGGGGCGGCAGCAGAGAGGCCAGGGAGCUGCUCCUCUCCUGUGUCCCUGACUGAGAUCAGUCACAAGUGUCUCCUGCCCUUGGGGCCACUUCCUUUUCCUAAAAAUCCAGAGAUGUUCCAGUCAACCCUCUUAAUCUCUGUUCUCUGUGCCAGAGGACAUCCCUGUUUCUCCCUGGGUGAGCAUCAUGGCUACUUUUGUAAACCUCAGAUUGGGUGGAAACUUGGAAAUCAGCAGAUCCUCCAAAGGAUUCGUCUGGCAAGGGCAGGUGACAUCUUCAAGGAUCUAGGCCUGACUUGGCCUCUUGCAGUUGUGCCUGGUCGUCAGUCGUGGGAGCCCGGAGACCCUGGGCAGUGUGUUCCGACCAGUGCCUGGCCAAGUGAGUUGGUUCUCACCUGUGGGUGUCACACUGCCUGCAGGUGAGCAGCGCAGCUUGGAAAUGGAGUUGUGACCAAGUGAGAACUGGAUUAUGCUGUUCAUCCCUGAGAGUGGAUCUGUUGGUUACUUUAAUUCAUACGUGGUAUGAAUAUGGACAAAUAAAUUAGAGCUAUGCCCAUCAUUCAUUAUGUUAAAAUUUUUAAAAUAAUUAUGGAACAUUUUACUAAUCUUGAUUUGUCUUUAUUUGUAUUUUUCUGGUUAUUAGACUAAUAUAUGAUCAUAAAAGAUAUACUUGGGUGUGUACUUACAUAAAUACAGUGCAAGUGCUCUCUAUCCCCACCUCCCUGGGCUCACCAUUGCUAGCAGCUUGGUGAACAUUCAGUAUAUUUAUUGCCUUCUGUUUGCAUAUACCAACCUGCUGUGCUUGUUAAAAAUGUAAGCAUUCUUGUGCAAUCUGCCGUUUCAGUUACCAGCACACUUCGGCAUCAUUCCAGCAUGUGGCUGCCCGGCAUUUAUCUCACGGCUUCUGCCGUGACGGGCACACCAGGGUUUCACUGUCGAGCCACGCAGCGCCCCACGGGGCCGCGCUCACCCUGUGCCCUGCGGAGACUCGCUCCGGGACGAGUUCCUCGAGUAGAGCUGUCAAGUCAGAGUGGGGGCAUUCAAACUUUUAAUGCGUUGCUAACUUGGUUUGCCAAAGAUUUUUAUCAGCUCAUGUUACUGCAGUUAUACAAAAAUGCCGCCUAUUUUCUUAACUGCUUGCGAACCCUGUACAUUACUAAUUUUUAAAACUUCGCCAAGCUGAACAGCAAAAAUUGAUCAUAUCAUUGCUUUUUUGUUUUGUAUUUAGUGAGGUUUGGCAAAUUUUCCGUUUAUUAGAUACUUGUAUUUUCUCGGGCUGCUGCCCCUUCUUGUCUCACCAUUUUACUAUUGGAUUGUCAAUCUUGAAUAAUUUUUAGCCACCUUUUCUAUUUUAGGGAAAUUAAACUUUGUCUUGAGUGGUA